UCACGCUGUUGUUUACAUUUAUUCAAUUUCUUUUAUUGCCAAAAUGGAUUUUAACACAUUGCUGCAGCGUGCCCAGAACCUGACAAAUGAGGCGAAAGCCGAGUAUGAGCUACCCCAGGUGGAGCGUACGCUCCAACAAGUGCUGCAGGCUACCACCCAGCUGCACUCGCGCGUCACUCAAUCCAGCAACAAAGAUAUACAAGCGCAUAUACUGCUCGGCUCCAAGGGCAUAGAUCUGCCCAAGCUGACCCAGAAGUUGGAGGCACUCAAUGCACGCAAAACCUUCGAGCCGGUCGAUGCGGUUGGGUCUGAUGUGUCGGACGUGUGCACGUUCCUGAAAAACGAGCGCGAGAACGCAAUUCUUUCUGUGAUUGAGGACACCAAUAAAAACAUAAGUGAAACGGUGAGCAAACAGAAGUGGGCCAACCUGAACAGCACUUGGAAUGAGGAGAAAUCCCGGCUGCUGGAUGCCCUGAUUGGGCCCUCGCAGAACUUUAUUGACCUGCAGCGCUUGCCAGAGCACAUCACCCUCGAUCCUAACCUACCGCCCAGCAGCUGCCUCAGCCAAAUGGAGCUUGUCUACGCCCAGGAGCUGCGUCACUAUAACGAACUGCUGCUGAAGGGCGCCCACCGACCAAAUCUUGUGCAGAAGUUCGCCCUGUUGGCCAGCAGCUUUGGCGAUGACCGGCUGACGGACAUGUGGUCAGCAUUGGCCUCAGUGACGCAAGUGAACGAGCCCAUCCGCAGUGACCCCAUAAAACUUCGCCAGCAGCGGCCCGAGUUCAUUAUUAACGCCAAAUCGUAUCUCGAAAGGCGCUACAAGCUGUACAUGUGCACCCUGGUGGGGGCCGCACACUCGAGCAAUAGCUAUCAACUGGUACGCGCAUACGUGACCAAUCGGUUCAGCGCCCAGCACACAAUUGGCUUAGUGGACACGUUGGACAACAAGCCACUGUGGCCCAUGGUCUACUAUGCAAUGCGCUGUGGAGCAGCAGCGGCGGCUGUGGAAUUCCUGCACGAAGCCGGCUCCAGUUACGAGGACUUUGCCCAGGUCAUAGCGGAUCGCAAUGCGGGCGCCGUCAAUUCGAGGACAGAGACACAGCUGAAGUUGCAGUACGCCAACAAGAUUAAGAACUCCACCGAUGCCUAUAAGAAGGCAGUGUACUGCUUCAUCCUGGGUUGCGAUCCCAACGAGUCGCACGGCGAGGUGGCCAAGACCAUCGACGACUAUUUAUGGAUUAAGCUGGCGAUGCUCCGUCCUGGGGAUGCCGGCGGCUAUGGCAGGCUCCAGUCGGAGAUCCUGGAAAAGUAUGGCGAAAAACAUUUCCAUGCCAGUAACCAAACGGACGUCUACUUUAAAACCCUGGUUCUGGUCGGCCUGUUUGAGGCCGCGAUUGAGUUCUUGGCCCGCAGUGGCCAUCGUGUCCACGGCGUCCACAUGGCCAUUGCCCUUCACGAGCUGGGAGUGCUGGGUGGAGCCCGCAGUGUCUCGCAACCAUUGCUGUCCAUCGACAUCGCUGACCCGCAGCCACUACGCCGCCUCAAUCUGACGAGAUUAGUCCGUCUGUAUGCAAAGCGUUUCGAGCGCACGGAUACGACAGAGGUGCUUAACUAUUACUUCGCGCUGCGUAGCUUGCGGGAUCCGAAGGGGCGAAAUAUGUUCCUGACAUGCGUCUGCGAUCUGGUGGUGUGCAGCGGCGUGCUGGAUACCAGCAUUUUCGACUUGAUUUUCGGACAGCGGAUGACUGAUAUGGACGAAGAGGUUCCAGGCGGAGUGUUUCGCCAGUUUGAUUGCCCGGAGUUUGACACGAACACCAUGGCCUCGCUAGUCGCAGAAGAGCUGGUAGCGCGAGGCAGCUUUGAAAUGGCUGUGCGACUUUACGAGUUGGCUGGCAACUACAACCUCGCGCUGAAGCACUUUAACAUAUUGCUGGCACAGGUUGUGCAGUUGUCGCCGCAGGAGGGAUCACAGCGGGCACGUCUUAGGGACGAGGCUCAUCGAUUUAGCAGACUUCUGGCAGCACGCCGUAUAGAAGUGGAGCCCAAAAUAAGGGGCAGCUUUGAACUGCUGCAGCUUCUGCUCGUCUUUUUCGACCUCCAUCAUGAGGGCAAUCUAGUCCAAGCUGUAGAGCAGCUGCAGCGCACGAAGCUGAUGCCGAACACCACUGAUGAUGUGGAUGGUUGCUUGACCAACAUCAAGAAACUCAGCGGGGAGGUCAUAAAGGUCAUUCCCGACGUGAUGGUGGCUGCCAUGGACAUCACACUCACCCAGUACAACCGGUUGAAGGCGCGAAUGUGUACGUCGGAUCAGCUGCAGUUCCAAAAGCUGCGAGUGCGAGCUAAAGCCCUUUCCAAUCUCGCCGCUAGCAUGCCUUUCCGCAUGCCCUAUGAAACCAACAAACGUCUAAUGCAGCUGGAGCUGAUGAUGAACUAGAAUAAAAUAAUGUUAUCCUCCACAGAA